AUCUCUCAUUCUUAGCCAUCUUGUGUUGGUUCUUUACGCAUCUCCAAUCAAUCUGUGAACUUGCAAUUGCUUGAUCCCCUUGAUUUGAAUUUUAUAAUUAUUACUUGAUCCACAAAUAUGGAUGCUUUCUUGCAGCAGUUUCAACAUCUUAAAAUCCAACUGGAAGAGAUAACAUCAGCCACCAACAACUUCCACAAUGAGAACUAUAUUGGAGGUGGCGGUUUUGGUAAAGUGUAUAAGGGGGAAAUGUCUCACUCUAAGGGACGAAGUAUGGUGGCUAUCAAGCGUCUGGAUCGGAGGCAUGGACAAGGAAUCCCGGAGUUCUUGAAAGAGAUCACAGCGCUUUCCCGUUACAGCCAUGAAAAUCUCAUCUCUCUUCUGGGAUUUUGUUACCAAGGGGAUGAGAUGAUCCUGGUAUAUGACCACGCAUCUCGUGGAAGCCUUGACCGCUAUUUAAAUUCACCCCAUCUAACGUGGUCACAGCGACUCAAGAUAUGCCUUGAUGCAGCAAAGGGAUUAAGGUACCUUCAUAAUCCAAGGGGGACACACCAAAGACUUAUCCACUGUGAUGUAAAAAGCGCCAACAUCCUACUCGAUGAGCAAUGGAAUGGUAAACUUGCUGAUUUUGGGCUAUCAAUAAUGGGCCCUGCAAACGAGCAGCAAUCAGUUAUUGUCACCAUGGCAGCAGGUACCCUUGGGUACUGUGAUCCGCAGUAUGCGAUGACGCACACCCUAACAAAAGAGUCAGACGUAUACUCUUUCGGUGUGGUCUUAUUCGAAGUUUUAUGUGGGAGGUUAUGUUGUACAUAUAGCAAUGAUCGUGUUCAGCAGAAUUUAGUGCGCACGUGGAUUGAAUGCUAUGAAGAGAAGAAGUUAAAUGAUAUCAUCUUUAAAGAUACGGCCAUUCUACCCUUGGAGCAGAGCGCUUUAGGAAUUUUUUCUGACAUUGCAUAUCGAUGUUUGAAGGAAUCUCGUGAAGAUCGGCCAAGGAUGGCUGAGGUUGUGAUAGAACUUGCGACUGCACUCCAAUAUCAGAAGGGCCGUUCAAAUCGCUCGCCGCUCGUCGCUCGCUCGACGCUCGUUCGAAAAUUGCUCGGAAAAUGCUCGUUCGAUUUGACAUUCGGUUGUAAACGAGCCGCUCCGCUCGGUUCGGUUUGUAAACGAGCCAAGCAUGAACAAAGGGAAACGUUAAUGUGACAGUCAACGGGCAUCCUAUACCAUCAAGUCAACAUGUUGACCAGGGAAACGUUAAUGUGACAGUCAACGGGCAUCCUAUACCAGAUCGGUUGGUCAAGAAGGCUGAAAAGCUUGCUGGGCCA